AUGGAGGGCCCCCAGAGCUGCACCCACACCUCCUUGCUGCUGCUGCUGCUGCUGCUGCUCCCACCAGGCCCAGCUUGGCGCACGGCAGCCCAGCGCUGCCCCCAGACCUGCGUCUGUGACAACUCCAGGCGGCACGUUGCCUGCCAGCACCAGAACCUCACUGAGGUGCCGGACACCAUCCCUGAGCUGACCCAGCGCCUGGACCUCCGGGGCAACCUGCUGCAGGGGAUCCCCCCGGCUGCCUUCCAGCACCUGCCCCAUCUCACGCACCUGGACCUGCGCCAUUGCCAGGUGGAGCUGGUGGCCGAGGGUGCCUUCCGCGGCCUGGGCCGCCUGCUCCUCCUCAACCUGGCCUACAACCGCCUGAGCGCGCUGCCCCAGGAGGCCUUGGACGGACUGGGCUCGCUGCGGCGGCUGGAGCUGGAGGGGAACAUGCUGGAGGAGCUGCGGCCCGGGACAUUCGGGGCACUGGGCGCUCUGGCCACGCUGAACCUGGCCCACAACGCCCUGGUCUACCUGCCCGACAUGGCCUUCCAGGGCCUGCUGCGCACGCGCUGGCUGCAGCUGUCCCACAACGCGCUCAGCGUGCUGGCCCCCGAGGCCCUGGCCGGUCUGCCGGGCCUCCGCAGGCUCAGCCUGCAUCACAACGAACUCCAGGCCCUGCCUGGCGCAGCCUUGUCCCAGGCCCGCAGCCUGGUGCGUCUGGAGCUGGGCCAUAACCCCUUCACCUAUGCGGGCGAGGAGGACGGGCUGGCGCUGCCGGGCUUGCGGGAGCUGGUGCUGCACUACGGGGCCCUGCAGGCCCUGGACCCCCGCGCCUUCGCCCACUGCCCGCGCCUGCGCACCCUCGACCUGCGAGGGAACCAGCUGGACACGCUGCCCCCGCUGCAGGGCCCGGGCCAGCUGCGCCGCCUGCGGCUGCAGGGGAACCCGCUGUGGUGCGGUUGCCAGGCGCGGCCCCUGCUCGAGUGGCUGGCGCGUGCGCGCGUGCGCUCGGACGGCGCGUGCAGAGGACCGCGGCGCCUGCGGGGCGAGGCCCUGGACGCCCUGCGGCCCUCGGACCUGCGCUGCCCGGGAGACGCGGAGGAGGAGGAGGAGGAGGAGGAGGAAGCCGAGCGCGCCGCGGCCCCGCCCCGCGGCCCUCCGCGCGCGCCCGGGGAGCCGGAUGCGGCGGCUGCGCCCUGCCCGCGCGCUUGCGUGUGCGUCUCCGAGUCCCGGCACAGCGGCUGCGAGGGCCUCGGCCUGCGGGCUGUGCCCCGCGGCUUCCCCAGCGACACUCAGCUCCUGGACCUGAGGCGGAACCACUUCCCGUCGGUGCCCCGAGCGGCCUUCCCCGGCCUGGGCCACCUGGUGUCGCUGCACCUGCAGCAGUGUGGCAUCACAGAGCUGGAGGCCGGCGCCUUGGAGGGCCUGGGCCGCCUCAUCUACCUCUACCUCUCGGACAACCAGCUCUCGCGCCUCAGCGCCGCUGCCCUCGAAGGGGCCCCCCACCUGGGCUACCUGUACCUGGAGCGUAACCGCUUCUCGCAGGUACCCGGGGCCGCCCUGAGCCCUCUGCACAGCCUCUUCUCCCUGCACCUGCAGGACAACGCUGUGGACCACCUGGCACCCGGGGACCUGGCAGGGGUGCGGGCCUUGCGCUGGCUCUACCUGAGUGGAAACCGCAUCACCGAGGUGUCCCCUGGGGCGCUGGGCCCAGCGCGAGAGCUGGAGAAGCUGUACCUUGACAGGAACCAGCUGCGAGAGGUGCCCACGGGGGCCUUGGAGGGGCUGCCUGCCCUCCUGGAGCUGCAGCUCUCGGGGAACCCACUCAGGGCCCUGCACGAGGCGGCCUUCCGGCCUGUGGGCCGGUCCCUGCAACACCUCUUUCUAAACAGCACUGGCCUGGAGCAGAUUUCUCCUGGGGCCUUCUUGGGCCUGGGGCCUGGGCUCCAGAGCCUGCACCUGCAGAAGAAUCAACUUCGGGCUCUGCCUGCCCUGCCGGGCCUCAGGCAGCUGGAGCUCAUUGACCUCAGCGGCAACCCCUUCCACUGCGACUGCCAGCUGCUCCCGCUGCACAGGUGGCUCACUGGGCUGAACCUGCGGGUGGGGGCCACCUGCGCCAGCCCUCCCAGUGCCCGUGGCCAGAGGGUGAAGGCUGCAGCUACUGUCUUUGAAGCCUGCCUGGGUGGAGCUGCCAGGAAGUCUACGCAGACACCAGCGGCUAGGCCAGGUGCCCGGAAAACCUCCAUCCAGGGGAGACAGCGGGAAGCAGACAAGGUGGGGAAGGAGAGGGGCCGCCUCUGAGCACGGAGCAGGCUGGCCCUGCCUGGACCCACUCCCACGGCUCUUACUCUCGUCGGGA